AUGGCCCUUCUAUUCCGCCGUUCCCCCAUUCCUGACAUGGCCGAAGCAGCGCCGCACCCGUGUCCGCUCGACACCUCCUACCGCAUCGGCCGCCUGCGCAUCCCGCGCUACCGCAGCGUGCUGGCCCAGGUCGUCAUGGUCGGGCUCAUUGCCUUUUGCACAGUGGGAAUGUCGAAUGCGCUCGGCGGUGCUGGAGGCGGUGGCCUCAUCAACACCAGUCAGUCCAACCAGGCGAAUGUCGCCGUUUAUGCCACCUUUUCCGCCCUCGCCUUCUUCGGCGGCACCAUCUACAAUCGUCUCGGUAUCCGCCUCUGCCUCAUGUACGGCGGUAUCGGCUAUGCCUGUCUUGCCUCGGCCUAUCUUGCCGCCGCCCACAUUGGCGAGCGAGCAACGCCGUGGGUCGUCGUGGCCGGCUGUCUCGAGGGGCUCUCGGCUGCUAUGCUAUGGACGGCCCAGGGCGCCGUGACUAUGUCCUAUCCCACCGAGGACAUGAAGGGCCGAUCCUUCUCCGUCUUUUGGACAAUCUUCCAAAUGGGCGGCGUCGUUGGUUCCAUCAUCCCCAUCUGCCUCAACUGGUCCUCCCACGCCGCCAAUCUCGGUGAUGCUUCAUACAUCGCCUUUGUCGUCAUCAUGCUGAUUGGCUGUGGAAUUCCCCUCCUACUCCUGCCCUCUGAUCACGUAAUCCGCUCCGAUGGUACCCGCGUUGUCCUGCCGCCCAUGCCUACCUGGAAAUCCGAGCUGCAUGGAAUGAUACGAGUCCUCACUGCCAACUGGUGGAUCAUUACGCUUUUCCCCUUCUUUGCCGCCUCCAACUGGUUCUACACGUAUCAAGCCAACGACUUCAACGUCCCAAACUUCACCCUCCGCACGCGCUACUUCAAUGGCUUAUCAGCGAACUUCUUCAAUAUGGUCGGUGUCUGGAUCAUGGGCACUGCCAUGGACCUUCCCCUCGCUCCCAACCUCCUCGGCCGACCGGCACGUGCUCGUAUGGGAAUCGUCUUUCUGCUCCUCUUGACCAUCGCCGUUUGGACCGGCGGCUGGUCCUUUGCAAAAGAUUCUCGGCGAGGCCAGAACCCUACACCCCUUAUCGACCUUACUGAGUCCCGUCGUUACCUUCCCUACAUCCUCAUCUAUAUUGCCUACGCCUUCUAUGAUGGCUGUUUCCAGGCCUACGCCUACUGGCUCCUAGGUGCCCUCUCCAACAAUUCGGCCACUUUGUCCCAUUAUGCCGGCUGGUACAAAAGCAUCCAGUCAGCCGCUGCCGCCGUGGCCUGGCGUCUCGAUGGCCUGGAAAUCAGUUACCAAAGUAUGUACCUAAGUACCUGGUGUAUCCUGCUCAGCAGCGUAGUCAUUACUUUCUACGUUGCCUUUGCGAAGGUCAAGGAACAUUCGACGGAUGAGGCAGCUGUGCUGGUCGCCGAGCCCACUUCCACUCCUUCCCUACCAAGUGCAACGAGUAUUGAUAAGGCAAAGCCCAACUAG